AGGCUCCAUGGUUCAAACACUUCCGAGGUACUAUCGAAGCAGCUGGAUUCUUCUCGGUAUGUAUGUUCUGGUGAGGUCGCUGUUCUCAGCGAUGACACCAUUGAAAUCACUGAGCUGCCCAUCAAGACGUGGACCCAAACGUAUAAGGAAACCGUGCUCGAGCCAAUGCUCGAGUCAAAUGACAAGAAACCGGCCAUGAUCAGCGAUUUCAAAGAGUAUCAUACCGAUGUGACGGUUCGAUUCGUCGUGAAGUUGCCUCAUGGGAAAUUGAGAGAGCUGGAAGCAGAGGGUCUGCACAAAGUGUUUAAGUUGCAAACAGUACUAAACACAACGUCAAUGGUGUUGUUCGAUGCAGCAGGUUGUCUUAGGAAGUUCAAUACAGUAGAGGAGAUUUGCGCCGAGUUCUUCGAGACGAGGAAACAGAAAUAUAUCGCAAGAAAAGCAUUUAUGGAGGGCAUGUUACGGGCGCAGUCCAAUCGGUUGAGCAACCAGCGUUAUUGGAGAUUUUUAGGCUCGCUUCAUUUUGGCAAAAUCAAAGGCGAGAUUGUCAUGGAGAAUAAAAAGAAACAGAACAUUGUCGAGCAACUCAUCAAAAAAGGAUUUGACCCUGAUCCAGUGAAGAAAUGGAAGGAACUUCAAAAGAAGAAAGAAUUGGAAGAAAGUGGCGAGUAUGACAUGGAAGAAGAGGAGGAAGAGAAUGAGGAGAGCGGUCAAGACAAGGAUCUCGAUACGAAACUGUCCGACUAUGAUUACCUUGUUGGCAUGGCUCUGAUCAAACUGCUCGGAGGAAGAGAAAAAUAA